UUUAUAGCUGAACUGCUGCACCAAUUCACAGUUUAUCUUUCUCUUUCUACAUUGUAAAAAGAAAGAUAAAUUCUGAACUAGUGCAGCCAGUUCAGCUGUGAAGAACAGUCCUCAAAUCGACACGGUGCACUGAGAAAUUCACGAUACCAAUGUUUACUUGUUGAGGUUAACUCUUGGCUCUUUAAUUGCAGAAGUAAAUGUCGUGCCAAGCAUAAUUAAUUGCGUCUUAACAAGUCAGCCGAUUCACGGAAGAAUGCCGGGCCCAAUCGAUCACCGGAGUGUUUCGCCACUGAUAAAACUUAUUCGGGACAUUAGCCGAGGUAGAGAAGUGGUGCUGAACAAUAGGUGGGUUGACGAACAGGCCAAGCGGACUCAACCUCCGCCGGAAAUACCGGGCGGCCCGUAUGACAGAACGUCGCAAAUAUACUAUUACCCUCGAGAUGCAAGACGAGAAGUUAAGCCGCCGAUGUUAAUUAUGGGUUCGAAACAGAUUGGUACAGAGAAAGAGUCUGCUACCGAAACGAAAUACAUUACUCCGGGGAAGACUUACAAUUGGAGUUCUUAAAUUUCUCACCGUCGAGCUAGCCGUCGGUGUUACACUGCAGACACAUUGACGUAACGUCGUUCAAUGAGUUUGCUUAGCUAUUGUAUAUAGAAAAUAAAUUAAAUUACCCUUA